AUGGGCGCUCCACCUCCAGCUGGCGAAGAAAAGAUCGUCGUUCUGCGUACGGUGGGCGGCGAGGUUGCCCCCGCUUCGGCUCUGGCUCCCAAGGUCGGUCCCCUUGGUCUGUCUCCUAAAAAGAUUGGUGAGGACAUCUGCAAGGCCACCAAGGACUGGAAAGGACUGAACGUGACGGUAAAGCUCACUAUCGUCAACCGUCAGGCCACCGUUACGUUGAUCCCCAGUGCCUCGUCACUGCUGGUUAAGGAGCUCAAGGAGCCCCCUCGUGACCGCAAGAAAGUCAAGAACAUUAAACACGAUGGCAACCUGUCUCUGGACCAAGUCAUCGGUGUGGCCCGCGUCAUGCGCGAGCGUUCUAUGGCUCGCAAGCUUGCUGGUACGGUCAAGGAGAUCCUUGGCACGGCUGCCUCACUUGGGUGCACGGUCAAUGGCGAAGCCCCGACGGAGAUCCAACGUCUCAUUACUGAAGGUGAGCUGGACAUUCCAGAGAACUAA